AGUGACGGUCGACAGCGGAACUGUCAGUCAUUGUUAUCAAAUUUUCUUCAUAGUUCGUUCAUAAUUUGAAUCCGCCAUUGGUAUAAAUAGUCUCGAACAUAAAAUAUAUAAUAAACGAAACUUUCUGCUUUAGUUUUCUAACAACAAUUAUACGAUUAAUCGCUGAUAUCCAAUUAUAGAUCUAACGAAAAAAGGAUGCCGAACAUUAAACUGCAAUCUUCUGAUAAUGAGAUAUUUGAUGUCGACGUCGAAAUCGCGAAAUGUUCGGUGACCAUAAAAACUAUGUUGGAGGAUUUGGGAAUGGACGACGACGAGGAAGAAGUGGUUCCCUUACCAAACGUGAAUUCUGCUAUUCUAAAAAAGGUUAUCCAGUGGGCUACUUUCCAUAAAGAUGAUCCCCCUCUACCAGAAGAUGAUGAAAAUAAAGAAAAACGUACUGACGAUAUUUCUUCAUGGGAUGCUGAUUUCUUGAAAGUUGACCAGGGCACAUUGUUUGAGUUAAUACUGGCAGCUAAUUAUUUAGAUAUUAAAGGAUUGUUGGAUGUCACGUGUAAGACAGUAGCCAACAUGAUAAAGGGCAAAACACCAGAGGAAAUUCGUAAAACAUUUAAUAUUAAAAAUGAUUUUACAGCAGCUGAAGAAGAACAGGUUCGCAAGGAGAAUGAGUGGUGUGAGGAGAAAUAGUAGCUUGCUAAGAUUAACUUAACUUCAUAUUACACUAAUGAGAAGUAAUUUAGUAAAUUUCUCCUUCCAAUUUGAAAUUGCAUCAAAUGAUAUUAUCUCCUCUGAACCUUCAAUCCCCUAGGGGUACCUGCAUAAUGAACAUAUUAUUUCAAACUAAAACUUCUCUUUGGCUAAUUGUUUGCUUUGUGUUUUGUACAGCAAAUUGUAACUUAUUAAAUUCCAUAUUCAAUAUGUAAGUUUUUUUGAAUAUUUCUCCAAAAUUAUACAUGAAAGGAAAUAAAACAGCAUUUCUUAGA